AUGGCUUUUCUAGGAUCAUUAGAUAAAGAGGAAUACAGCAACAACAAGUCACUUGAGGCUUUUUUGAAAGAUUUCUACAUUCCGACUCUGACUGAGAUUGUGAAAACGAUCAGAAAGAGUGAGUCAGCUCUUGAUUUUCCCAGAUAUUAUACAUCAGGUCGAGACGAUUGGAAAGCCCUACAAAUUGUAUCAAGCAAAUUAAUUCACAUCCAGCAGCAUCUGCUUGUGCUUCAAGGUAGAGGAUAUGGACGUAUGAUGACCAAGCUUGUUGAACAAACGCUCGAGUCGCGGAGAGAUGAAUCAUCAGAUAGUUAUGAAUUACAAGAAUCCGUCAUCCGCCUCCAUAAAUAUGCAUUAGGCAUUUGCGAAUUACAAGAAUACGUCGUCCGUCUCGAAAAACUGGUGAAAAUAGACGAAUUACAAAAUACGAUGGCAUCCAUACCAGAUCCGAGUAAAUCGCGAGGACCUGGCGUUCGGCCCGAAAAUAUGCGGGAUACCAUAGCAUCCGUAACACGUAGUAUUGAGAUACCAAUAAAGAAUAUAUCCGAUUUUAGUAGAGAAGAACCGGUUAUAAAUGGAAAAAUAGUAAGAAAGUUAUAUCAUCGACAGCAACAAGUGGCGCAGAAAUUUUUGGGCCAGGUUAAAGCGACCGAAAAAGAUAAUAUCAAUUUGAUGCUUGGAAUUUUGAAAUUGAUGGACGAUUGCGAAAAUGUGUUAAAAUUUAUAGGCACGCUUCAAAAUAGGGGUUCACUAUAUAUGAUUACUCAAUGGUGUGAAAAUGGCAAUCUCAAGGACUAUCUUAAAAACGCUCCCGCAAACUUGGAUUGGUCCAUAAAACUUAAAAUAGCCACUGGAAUUGCCAAUGGACUUGUCUUUUGUCACGAUCGAGGAGUACUCCAUCAUGACUUGAGAAGUCAUAACAUUCUACUCGAUGACAGAUUAUGUCCAAAACUUUCUGGGUUUCUGCUGAGCAGAUUUAAAAUAGCUUCGCCGAAGAAUCGGAGGCCUAAAUAUAUAGUAUAUUUUCCACCAGAAAAGAUCGCUGACAUCGAACAGCCAUAUAGGGCCCCCGGUGAUAUAUACAGUUUUGGGAUACUUCUAUGGGAAAUCGCAUAUCAAAAAAAACCGAUGAAGGAUAAAUCGAACAAGGAUAUCGUACAGCUCAUUUUGAACGGUGGCCGUCCAGAAAGCACUGAAAAGAUUGAGAUCAUAGAGGAAUACGAGAAAAUUAUGAAAGAGGCGUGGAGUCAAGAACCGGACAAGCGUCCAGAAGCUGAUGAAGUAUACGAGAAGCUGUUGAAAUUGUCUAAUGAGCGUGGGUUAAACUCCCCAACCGAACACCCGUCAACUGAAUCACCUCGCGAAAACUCGGCAUCUGAGCUGCUGCCAUGUUUGGGUGAAGGCGUACCAGACAUAGAAGAAAUUAAGCAAUUGCAUAGAGCUGGAAGAUACGAAGAGGCCUUUGCUAAAUUCACCAAGCUGGCCGAAUCUGGCAAUGCUGAGGCCUUUCACUAUAUAGGACUGUAUUACGAAGAGGGAUUUUGCGUUGAAGCAAACGAAGCCACUGCCAUGAAUUAUUAUGGAAAAGCUGUUGAUCGAGGCCAUAUCAAGUCAGUUUAUAAGUGCACCGAACUUAGCUUGCGUCGCUCGUCCAAGUACGUGGAAAAAGCUGCGAACGAUUACUAUGCCUUUUCCCCCAGUUUCGGAAAAUGCCAAAUCAUGGAUAGUGGCUCUAGCCUACGUCUGAAUAUUCCAUUCUCAGGCUCUGUAUUACCAAAAUAUCUUUCAACUGACGAGAAACUUGCGGUAGUGGAACAAAGACUGCUUGGAGUAGAAUUCUUUUUAACGGAAUACGUAGACGAUGUCGUAAAAGAUGAAAAGGCUAUGAAGGGUGUUGGUGAGAAGGAUACAAACGUUUGA